AUGGUUGUGCUUGAACUGUUGACUUUGUNGCGUACUAGUGUUUUUGAUCGUAUCAUCCAAACUAUUGGCCAUGCAAUUGAGACCCAGGAUAAUAAUGAUGUCUUGGCUUAUUGGUUAUCCAAUGCCUCUACACUUCUCUUGUUACUCCAGCGCACACUCAAGGCUAGUGGUGCUGCUGGAAUGGCUCCGCAACGCCGCCGUUCUUCAUCUGCAACCUUGUUUGGGAGGAUGACUCAAAGUUUCCGUGGAACUCCAGCUGGAGUAAACCUUUCCCUAGUCAAUGGUAGCGCAAGCAGAGGAGUAGAUACAUUAAGACAAGUUGAAGCCAAGUACCCUGCCCUGCUUUUCAAACAGCAGCUUACAGCAUAUGUGGAAAAGAUAUAUGGAAUGAUUCGUGAUAAUUUGAAGAAAGAAAUUUCUCCCUUGCUCGGAUUAUGCAUCCAGGCACCAAGAACAUCGAGAGCAAGCCUUGUUAAGGGAUCAUCACGUUCUGUUGCAAACACUGAAGCCCAGCGUGCCUUGAUUGCUCACUGGCAGGGGAUAGUGAAGAGCCUAGGAAACUUUCUAAACACUUUGAAAGCUAACCAUGUUCCUCCCUUUUUAGUUCGUAAGGUGUUCACGCAAAUUUUUUCUUUCAUCAAUGUACAAUUGUUUAAUAGUCUUCUUUUACGACGGGAGUGCUGCUCAUUUAGUAAUGGAGAAUAUGUCAAAGCUGGUCUGGCUGAAUUGGAGCAUUGGUGUUAUAAGGCAACAGAUGAGUAUGCAGGUUCUGCCUGGGAUGAGCUCAAACAUAUUAGACAAGCUAUUGGAUUUCUGGUCAUUCAUCAGAAACCAAAGAAAACAUUGGAUGAAAUAAGCCAUGACCUGUGCCCAGUCCUUAGUAUACAGCAACUAUAUCGUAUAAGCACCAUGUACUGGGAUGACAAAUAUGGAACGCAUAGUGUGUCUUCUGAUGUCAUAUCCAACAUGAGAGUAUUGAUGACUGAAGAUUCAAAUAAUGCAGUUAGUAACUCUUUCCUGUUGGAUGAUGAUUCAAGCAUUCCGUUUUCUGUUGAUGACAUAUCGAAAUCAAUGGAACAGAUAGAUAUUGCAGAUAUAGAGCCCCCGCCACUAAUUCGUGAAAAUUCAGGCUUUAGCUUUUUGUUGCCGCGCCCAGAUUGAGAGCUUUUGGUGUAGAUUUUGAUCCACCAGUAUUGUUGCCCACCACCAUGGAGUUACCAAGUCACAUCAGUUAGAUGCUAUCAUGGUUGUGCUUGAACUGUUGACUUUGGUUGUCUGAACAGGUCAUUGUAUUAAACAUACCAAAAUUUACAUCUCAGGGAUGGAUGACAAAACAUAGAUCAUCACGUCGUGUAAGUGGAUUUUUGGGCUGAGGGUAAAAGGAAUAAUACUGUAAUAGCCUUUUUCGAUAAAGUUUUCAUCCUCAUUUUUUAUGAACCUUUUUAGUUCUGAGCACUUUGUUUUGCUUGGAAUAAGAUUUUGUAUCUAGAAAGAAGUAUAGGAAUUUUACCCAACUAUGAUAGUGAAUGAAGUCCAUGACCAUGGCUUAGAAUGUGGUAACAAAAGUUCAUUUUUUAUAUGGGCAUGUUCCGUCGUACAAUUUUCAUUGCUUUCGAUUUCUUAUUUUA